AUGCUGCGAGAAUUGGGCCAAUCUUUCUCCUCCCAUUAUAUUUUUAUUUCGUUAGCUGCUUCUUUGAUCCUCUAUCUCGCCUUCCAAAGAUAUCAGAAAGGUCUCAAUAAAUAUCCAGGCCCAUUCAUUGCUUCGUUGACGAACAGCUGGCGCCUCGUUGACGUGUGGAAGCGGGAUGCUCACAUUACCUUCCGCAAGCUUCACCACAGGUAUGGGAACAUUGUUCGGGUCGCACCGAAUGUGCUGUCGUUUGGAGAUCCUGCAGCUAUCCCAGAUAUCUAUGGCCUGAACAAGGGCUAUACAAAGAGCGGUUACUAUGAUGUCUUCGCUACUGUGAACAAGGGCAACAUUGUUUAUAAUCUCUUCUCUACCAGGUCCGAAGCCUAUCAUGCCCGACUUCGAAGAUCUGUCAACCAUGCAUUUGCACUAUCUACACUGCUAGAUUACGAGCCACUUUUGGAUAGCUGCACGUCUUUUUUUCUCCGACGCACACAGGAGCUCUUUGUGGGCACGGGACGGCUUUGUCCAUUCUCCCAGUGGAUCCAGUUCUUUGCCUUCGACGUCAUUGGCGAAAUUACAUGGUCGAAGCGUCUCGGCUUCGUGGAAGAGAACCAGGACAUCUCGAGGAUCAUUUCGACGGUCGACUCUUUCCAGAACUAUGGCACGGUCAUUGGUCAGAAUCCCUGGCUAGAUCGCCUCUUUGUGAAAAAUCCCAUCAAGCUAUUCCUUGAAUCCAAAGGACUGUGGCCAUCGAGUCCAAACACAGCCAUAGUCAAUUUUGCGCUGGACCGGCAGCGCGAGCACGGCAAACGGAUCCAGGAUGACCUGCAAGAAAACACUCCCAAAAGAGGCGUGAACUUUCUUCAGCGGUUCCUUCAGUCUCAAGAAAAAAGCCCCGAGUUCCUUACCGACAAUCGCAUUACUGCGAUGUGCGCAUCGUUGAUCAUCGCUGGCUCCGAUAGUACGGCCAUCAGUCUGUCAAGCGUAUUCCACUAUCUGUUGCAAAACCCUCGUGUUCACAAGAAGCUGAUGCUGGAGAUUGACGCGGCUGAUGCUGCUGGCAAACUUGCUUCCUCGAAGGACUCCACUGGCGCAGGCGAUGUGGUGCCGUUUACUGCCGCCAAUAAGCUACUCUAUCUGGACGCUGUCAUCAGUGAAUCCUUCCGCAUGCACCCUGCUGUUGGGUUGCUUCUGGAACGGGUUACUCCUGCUGAAGGCGCAACGAUAUGUGGAGAGCACAUACCAGGUGGGACAGUCGUAGGAUGCAAUGCGUGGGUCUUGCACCAGAAUAAGGAAGUAUUUGGUCCAGACGCAGAUGUAUACCGGCCUGAGCGUUGGCUGGAAAGCGACGGUGCAGAUCCCGUCCGACUCUCUAGGAUGAGGCAAAGUAUGUUCCAAUUUGGCGCCGGGUCUAGAACUUGCGUUGGGAAAAACAUCAGCCUCAUGGAAACUUACAAAGUGAUCCCCACUUUUCUGAGGAAAUUCGAGCAGAUUGAACUGGCCGAGCCGGAAGAGUCAAUCUUUUUGAAAAAUGCCUUCUUCGUGCACCGAAAGAACUUUAACGUCCAUAUCAGACCGAGGAACAUGGAGAAAGAAUAA